CCUCUGCUGAGCGUGUGACUCUCAGCCUUAAUAACAAACCGUUCGUCGUAGAGCAUCUUGUUGCUAACUGGGUUCGUGUGCAGCUAAUUUCAAAAUGAAGUUGCAGUGUUUGGUCGCGGCUCUGUGUCUCGGUGUGGGCGCCAUUGCUGGGAAAUACUCUCGGGAAGUGAACGAGCCCAAACCGAGCGGCAGCGAUGAGCAAACGGUGGAGUUCAGAAUUUCCAAACUCAACCAGGUUUGGGAGAAAGCUAAACGGAUGCAGCUGCCCCCCGUCCGCCAGGCCGAGCUGCACAGUGACCUGAAGAUCCAGGAGAAAAACGAGCUGCAGUGGAAGAAAAUGAAGGUGGAAGGCUUGGAUGAGAACGGGGAGAAAGAAGCUCAACUCAGACGCAACUUCAACGUGAUCCUGGCCAAGUAUGGGAUGGAUGGAAAAAGGGACGCUCGGUCGCUGGAGAGCAACUCUCUGAAAGAUCACGAAAGCAAAGAUGGCGACGUGUUUGAUGAUCCCAAACUGGACAAGCUCUGGAACAAGGCCCAAAUCUCUGGGAAGUUCUCCAGUGAUGAGCUGCAGAGCCUGAAGAGGGAGUUCCAGCACCACAAGGACAAAAUCCACGAGUACAACAUCCUGAUGGACACCGUCAGCAGGACUGAAGAAAUCCACAAGAACGUGAUCUCCCCCCUGGAGGGCGAUGCCAAAGAGGACGCGCUGCAGCGGAAGCACACGGAGCUGAAGGAGAAAAUGAGAGACCUCAACCACGGCUUUGAGCGCCUUCGCAAGAUCAGCCACGAGGGUUUCACCGAAGACAGCGAGUUUCGGGAGCCUCGCGUGAUCGAACUGUGGGAAGCUGCCAAGAGGACCAACCUCAGCGACGACGAGCUGGACUCCCUAAAGGAGGAGCUGCGUCACUUCGAGACCAAGGUGGAGAAGCACAGCCAUUACCAGGAGCAGCUGGAGCUGUCCCACCAGAAGCUGAGACACGUGGAGACUUUAGGAGAUGAAGAGCAUAUCAAGAGGAAUCAGGAGAAGUACAACACGCUCGCUGAGAAGACCAGAGAGAUGGGCUACAAGAUGAAGAAGCAUCUGCAGGACCUGUCCCAGAAGAUCUCCCGUCAGGGUCUCCAACACAACGAGCUCUGAGCCUCGACCCCUGAUCCCACAGAGGUGGAGUUUUUCUACUGCUGGAACAAAGAAAUCCUUUUAGUGUAAAAAUCAUUCUGGGUUCAUUAUAAAAGACUUUAAUCACAAACUUAAUGAGCAGGAAGAGGCGACCGGACGGCAGCUAGGUUCGAUAAAGUAGAUGAUGUUUCCUCCCGGGACCAUGGACCUCCUCUGUUCCAAGAUGUCAGAACUGGAGUGUGAAAGUCUAACAUUUGCAUUCAUCAGUCGCCGUCACCUUGGCGACCAGAAACAUCCUGCUUGAGCCGCCAUGUUUACACCAGAGCUCUGAUGUGGAAUGAUGGCACGGCGGCGUAAGUGUCACUGAAACACCAAAUCUUCUGAAAGUGGAAUGGAUUCAUGGUGGGGGGCGUGUCCAUGAGUACACUCUGAAGUCAGCUGUUGCAGGGUCAGCUCAGUGGCCGCCUGUCCUUCCUGCCCCCAACAGGCUCCGCCCACACUCUCUGCGCUGUUACCAUGGCAGCCAUGUCGAGGUGGGCGUACCUGAUGGCAUCUUCUGCUGGAGGAGACGGGUUUUUGUCAGCCUGAUUCAACAUGUAAUAAAAGUUUUAUAAAAGUGAAAGAUGCAUUUAAGUGUUAUGAAACAAAUUAAACUAAAUCUUGAACAUUUA